AUGAACCGCCGCAUCAGAAAACAAUCUGUUGCCAAGAAGUCUGACAACGGUUACCUCCGCUACCUACGGCCCGGCGCCCUCGCUCAACUCCGUGACUCUAAAAUCAACGCUAGAUCUCAUCUACGAUCAUAUGACUCUCAGAUUUCAAUCUAUCGCGCUAUAUCAUCCUCGCUUACUUCUUUACAAUCAGGAUCUCCCAGCACCUCCGGUGUCAUCCAACAACAGCAACAGGAAGUUACUGGCACCUUUACCACCACCGAUGGUGAAUUACCUUUUAUUUCUACAAGGUUUUAUGAGCCUCGUUGUCCUCAGAGGAAGAAGCUAAUGGCUGCUAAAUCGAUGUUUUAUUCGAACCACAACUCUAACAGUCUGAACUCAGAUGGUCAUGAACCGGUAGUUGAUGUAUUCAGUAAUGAUAUACUUUUUGCUCAUUAG